GUCUUUAUUCUCCUCUAUGAUAUAGGGUUGUAUGCCUACCGUCUUGCAAUUUCCACAAACAUUUCCUUAUAACGGAAACGCUGAAUGACUCAUCUACAUUACGCGUGAUAGGAUUUUAAGCUUUCUGCACAUAAAUCAAGAAAUAUUGCAUGAUUUGGGAUAGAUCUAGUCCAAAGAGUUAGACGUGAAAAUGUUGUCAUUUUACUUUCAACAUUUUAUAUUCUGACAUUUUGCAUUUUUAAUAUCAAAGCCUUUUUUGACGUCUAAACUGCUAAACGGGAAGUAUGAAAGUAGUGUAGCAUAAAUUCGAUUUAACAUGAAAAAUAAAAACUGUAAAAUAUCCAUUGAAAUGAGCUUAUAAAGUGAUAUGAAUUAUGUCAGGUCUUAAGGACUACAUUUGGAAUGGAUAAUGAAAUCAUAUAGGUAACGGUAGUCCAAUUUGAUGCAAUCCUAGGAAAUAUUAUGAUAAUUUUUUCAUACUGUAUGGGCAAUAUGGCCCCACUAGUAGUAGGCACUACUGGACUAGCGUAAAACACAUGAAAGACCAAACUAAUGGAAGCAUACAGUGCUUUAGGGUAUAGCGGAUUUUAGGGUAUAGAGGAUAGAUUGAUAAAUAUAUAUUUAGACUUGAAUUAUUGUAUAAAUUUUCAUAUCAUUUUUUUACUGGCAUGCAAACAGACAUUCUGACAUACAUUUUAAAUAUUUGCGUAUGUCCUUGGAAAAUCAAGCUGCAGAAUUAAAUAUCAUCAUGGAUUCAAUAGAAAUAGCUAGGAAAUAUUGAUCUAGGAGCUGCAUAGCAUAACAAAAUGGAUGGAAGUUGGAACACAACUGGCUGGGCCUGGAGUGGGAAAGUAAAUGCUGGCAUAUUACGUAAGGUUGAGUUGAUGUCUUGUGAUAAUUAACUAAGACAACAACCAACUAAAUGUGCUGUCGCCAGUAAAAUCUACAACACGAUAGUGAACCAAUGGAAAAAAGUAGAGGAAACACAUAUAUAUCUGUAGCUUUAUGAAAUUAUGGCAAGGCCUAGCAACCAAGCUGACAAAGCCAUAACUUCAUGCAGUAAAGGAGCUGCAUGGAAGACAAUUGUGCAGGCGUUUAAUUCCAGAGCUGAUGAACCUAGGGAAAUCCCCUCAUUGAAGAAAAAAUGGGACAAUCUGGCUCAGACACACAGAUCCCAAUACUCUGACUACCUACACAGUCAGCAGUUAACAGGAGGAGGGCCAUCCUGUAAAAAGCUGUCCGUGGUAACCGAAGCAGUGAUGGCAGUGAUAGGGAGAAAUGCCUGCAACACCAAGGGAGUUGUUGGGUCAGAUCUGGACACAACACAACUACAAAUUAAUAACUUCAAGUAAUUUUAGUUUCCAUUUUCAUUUUAAAUCUAUUUUUGUUAACAAUAAUCAUCAACAGCAUAUAUCACGUAAUUUAGCCUCUUGCAAUAUAAAACAAUCAUUGUCCUAAACAUGUGAAUGACUGAAGUCUAUUUAGGCCUCUUGAUUUACAUUGACAAAUACUUUUGCUAUAAUUAUAUUGAUUAUAUAAAUGUAGGGAUAACACAUGGUUUUUUUUUGUGUUAUAAAAUCUGCAGAAUCUGGAAGGAUUGGUUGGUACCCGAGCCCAUUAGGG